UCCUCUCAUGAUUUCCUUUCCUUCUCAUCAAUCUCUCUUCUUUUCUAUAUCAAACGGUUCUAUCCUUUUGUCAUCAAUAUACCAUUCUAUACAUAGCCCACCGAGUCCCAUUCAUCCAGAUCAACACCAUGGCCACCAACCUCAUCACCCUCACCACCAAACCCACCGCCCAACUCAGCUACACCUUCUACCCUCCCUCCACUUCAAUCCCCUCCUCGACCCCCGCCACAACCCCCCAAACCCUCCUCAUCUUCCUCAACGGCCUCGCAGCCCCCCAGACCUCCUGGACCCCCGUGAUCCAACUCCUCCAAACCACGCGCACCAACCUCAAUCUCCCCCUCCCCGCCAUCCUCACCUACGACCGCUUCGGCCAAGGCCAAACCCUUAGCCGGGACCCCCUCGACGCUGAUGCCCCCGACCCCUCCCACGGCCACGACAUCCUCUCCGCCCUGGCUGACCUGCACCAACUAAUUCUCCAAAUCGCCCAAUCCCACCUCAACCUCACCGAACCCAAUCCCCAAACCCUCCAAAUCAUCUUCACCGCCAACUCCAUCGGCUGCGCCCUCGCCCGGCUCUACGCCCAAACCUACCCCGGAACGGUCUCCGCCCUCCUCCUCCUCGACCACGUCCUCGCCAACUCCGACUUCGUCUCCAUCUUCCCCGACCCCGCCACAUUCACCCCCUCCACUCCCCUGCCAGCCGGAAUCACCCCGCAAGACGUAGCCAUCGCCCGCGGCAUCGCUUCAAAGAUCUUCCAUCCCUCCGUGGGCAAUAAAGAGGGUCUUUCUCGACGGAAUCUCGCCUCGCUUCUUCCGGAUAGCGAUGGGCCCAGACUCACGGCCCCGGGUGGAAAGGGUCCGUGGGUGACGGUCGUGGGACAUGAUAUGACCGCCUUCGCGGAAGAGAGUGUCAAGAUGAGUGGGGGCCGGGUGUCGGGGAGGGUAUUCGAGGAAUAUCUGACGCCAACCUGGGCAGAAUAUAAUCGGGGAUUGUUGGGUGUGACGGAUGCAGAGAGGGGACGGGGUCCAAUGGUUGCGGAGGGCAGUGGACAUGUCGUGCAGUUGGGGAAUCCGGGGGUUGUGGUGAGGGAGUUGGGGGGGUUGUUGGAGAGGGUUUUGCAUUAA